CUCCGACACUUUAUGCAGGCCUAGAAUCCCAGCACACUUCAGUGGUCUGUCCGAAUCUCUCCCGUUCGCGCACCACUGUAGUAGAACAUCUGCACCAGGUUCAUAAUCGUUCACGCAGAGCCGCUGCCUAUCACGACCCUCUCAAGCGAAAGUCAAUCUUGGGCGUAGCUUGUAGAGGUAUCUCAUAAUUUGAUCAGCAUUUUGUUUGAACAUCCAAGCUGCAGUCCUGGGCUCUCGGCAUUUCAGAGAGUACUUACCUGCCGGGCGCAAUCAACUGUACCUGCCACUUAACAACCCCAACCAGCCGAAUUCGCGACGCGCCCGCCACCCCCGUGUCCCGCUAUCAGCCUUCCCCAUUCAGAUCGCGGCGCGACAACACACUCUUCCACAUCCACGCAAGUCCACUCAAGUAAACGACAUAACAAUGCCUUACGACCCAUCGGCUCUCAGCGACGAGGAGGCCGCCUCCGAUGUCGAGCUUGACACUCGCUCGGCGACCUCCAGCAGCAAGAAGCAAUCGCAGGACAAGAAGUCCGUCAAGUACACCAUCCCGGAGCCUGAAGACUUCGAGGACGAGGAACAAAAUGGCGAUGCCGCCGAGGAGGGCGGUGAGGACGACGAGGAAGGUGAUGGGGAGGAGGAGGACGUUUACGUCGUCGAGAAAAUCCUCGACCAUAUGCUCAAUGACGAUAACGAACCACUGUUCCUGGUGAAAUGGGAGGGUUAUGAGAAGAAGUCUGACCAGACCUGGGAGCCCGAGGACACUUUGAUAGAGGGCGCGUCGGAGAGGCUCAAGGAGUACUUUGUGAAGAUUGGCGGUCGGGAGAAGAUUUUCGAGGCCUCUGCUGCAGCGCAGAAGAUCAAAAAGCGCGGCCGCCCUUCUUCGAACUCCGGAACUCCCCAGGCGAGCAGCAACAAGAGGUCACGUAAGAACGGUGACCAUCCUCUCAACUCUGAGGAGCCCCAGACCGCUAAGAACGCCGCCUGGAAGCCUCCAGCGGGAAGCUGGGAAGAGCACAUCGCUCAGCUGGAUGCCUGUGAGGACGAGGAGACUCACAAGCUCAUGGUGUACCUGACAUGGAAGAACGGGCAUAAGACGCAACAUGAAACCAGUGUCAUCUACAAGAGGUGCCCGCAGAAGAUGUUGCAAUUCUAUGAGCGCCAUGUACGGAUCAUCAAGAGGGAUCCCGAUUCGGAGGAUCGCGAGGCCAGCGUCUCGCAAUAGAGUACCGAGGUAGCUCUUCCCGACAAGCUCCAGUCAAAACUCCCUCCUGCUCGGCUCAGAAGUGACCGUCAUGCACGGAAAUGAUACCGCUACGUCAUUUCCUCUUUUUCCGCCGCACACCACUCCCUUCACCACUUGCGGAAAGGUCGAACGGGAUAGGACCCUAAUCGUCAGGCCCCGGACUGGCCAUGGCCGAUUCGAGGUGUCCACUGCU